AUGUCUGCCCCUACCCCCGCUGAAGAACAAAACCAGACAAGCGAAACCACACAUCUAGCGACCCAGGCGCCAGCGCAAAUUGCUCAAGCAGAACCUCAGGCACAACCUCAAGCAGCACAACCUCAAGCAGCACAACCUCAAGCAGCACAACCUCAAGCAGCACAAAAAAGAGCACCAGUACAAGCGGCAGGUGAUAUUGCCAUCGACGACAGCAAUUCUGCGUACAGUGAUGAUCUUUCCACCUACACCGCAUCUCUCACAUCAAGUGUGCUAAACUUUCCCACGGAAAAUGGCCGCCGUUAUCAUGCCUUCAGGGAAGGCACUUACGUCUUUCCGAACGAUGAAUCGGAGCAAGAUCGUAUGGACAUACAUCAUGAGAUGAUUUUGAAAGCAUGCGGUGGUAAACUCCAUCUGGCACCCUUGACUAAUCCGAGACGUAUCUUAGACCUUGGAACCGGCACAGGUAUCUGGUGCAUCGAGAUGGGCGAUAUUUACCCUGACGCGGAAGUGAUCGGGAACGAUUUCAGCCCCGUCCAACCUAACAUGGUACCUCGAAACGUCAAAUUUGAAGUGGACGAUGUUGAGGCACCGUGGACGCAUCCCACCAAAUUCGACUACAUCCACUCCCGUUUCAUGGCCGGCUCAAUAGCAGAUUGGCCAAAGCUUGUGCAGACUUGCUACGAUAAUCUAACCCCAGGCGGCAUCGCUGAGUUUCAGGAUGGAGACUUCCUUCUCUACUCUGAAGAUGGAUCGAUCAAAGAUUCCUGGUUGGAGAAGUGGAACGUAGAUUUCGAAAAAGCAGCAAGAAUGGGUGGACGUACCUUACGUCCUGGACCUCACCUAGAGGACUGGGUUCGCGCGGCAGGCUUUGAAGAUGUCCAUCGUGAAAAGAUCAGGCUCCCUAUAGGCCUAUGGCCAAAGGACAGACAAAUGGCAAGCAACACUUCUGAACACCAGCCAAGACUGUCAGAAGAGCCGCAGCUGAUGAUCUACUCACGCAUAUAG